GCAGAUAAAGCUGCCCAGGAAGGAGCCCGGGGCUCAGUAUGGCCCAUUACCCCAUGAAGACAACACAGGGCUCGAUGAUACCCAGCAAUGAGCCCCUGCCCCCCGGCUGGGAAAUCAAGCUGGACCCCCACACCGGCUGGCCCUUCUAUGUGGAUCAUAACAGCAGGAGCACCACCUGGAGCGACCCCCGAAUGCGGGACCCCGGAAAGGUGGGAGGGGGGACACUAUAUGGGGAGAGGGGGGCACUGAAUAGGGAGAGGGGGCACUAUAUGGGGAGAGGGGGCACUGAAUAGGGAGGCACUAUAUAGGGGAGAGAGGGCACUAUAUAUUUGAGAGGGAGGCACUAUAUGGGGAGGGAGAGAGGGGGCACUGAAUAGGAGAGGGGCUAUAUGGGGAGAGGGGGCACUCUAUGUUGAGAGGAGGGCACUAUAUAUGGGGAGAGGGGGCACUAUAUAGAGGAGAGAGGGACGCACUAUAUAUAUUUGAGGAGGGGCACUAUUUGGGGAGAGAUUACUGCACUAGAUAGGAGAGGGACACUAUAUAUAUUUGAGAGGGGGCACUAUAUGGGGAGAGAGGCACUAGAUAGGGGAGAGAGGGACACUAUAUGGGAGAGGGGGCACUGAAUGGGGAGAGGGGGUACUGAAUAGAGGAGGAAGGGAGCAAAGUAUGUGGAGAGGGCACUCUGGGGAGAGGGGUACUGAAUGGGGGGAGAGGGGGGGUACUGCUUGGGGGAGAGGGUGUUCUAAAUGGGGAGAGGAGGACACUGUGAGGGGAGAGAGGGUACUGAAUGGGGAGAGGGGGACACUGUGAGGGGAGAGGGGGUACUGAAUGGGGAGAGGAGAGGGGGACACUGUGGGGAGAGGGCAAAGUAUGGGGAGAGGGGGACACUGAAUGGGGAAAGGGCAAAGUAUGGGUAGAGGGGGACACUAUAUGGGGAGAGGGGUACUGAAUGGGGAGAGGGGGACACUGUAUAAGGGUACUGUAGGGGAGACAGGGACACUGUAUGGGGAGAUAGAGGACACUGCAAGGGGAGAGGGGGUGCUGUAUAAGAAAGGGGCAUUGCAUGGGCAGAAAGGGUAUUGUAUGGGAUAAGUGGGCACUGCAUUGUAAGUUGUUUUUUUAUGAAGAGGGGGGGGUACUGCAUGGGGAGAGGGAGUAUAUAGGGAUAAUGCUCUAUAUAACUUGGAGAGGUGGCACUGUGGGUCUAUACCCCAUAUAACAAUGGGGGUGUAUUAUAAUAAUUGGGGAUUUAUUAUACCCCAUAUAAUAAUGAGUGGUACCCUGCUGGGGGGGCAUGGAUUCGGCUCUAUAGAACAAGUAGAUUGGGCACCCGGGAGAGAAAACAUAGAGAUGUAUCUAGUCCGUUUCUAGCUAUCAGUAUCUGUUCAUAUUCAUACGGACAAUGUGUUCAUGAAUGAUAAUAGAAUGAUAGUUCGUUUUAGGUGAGACUUGCUGUAAAAUGACUGCAGCAGGCCAUUACUGAACACACAGGACGUGGGAUGCAUCAGUCAGCCAGUCUGAGAUUGCAGUUAUUGUUUCAUUUCGGUCACAAUUCAGCACUAUUCUACAAAGAAAUCAGGCACUAGUCACAGGAGCUAACACUCCUUGUAAGCACACUGAUUGUGUGGACAAGCAAUCUUCAUCCACAGCCCCAGUACUUUGUCAGAAUUCCUGCCCCCUACUGUCCUCUUCACAUUUCAUUCACCAUUGUUGGAGUUUUAGCUAUAUUUUUAUAGCCUGUGCCUGGUUUUUGUACGUAUGAUAUGAUCACGAAAGCAGGCCAGUUUGGCCCUCUGAGCAAAUCCCUAAAACAUUUCCAGUCCUUGUAAUGUUUAUUUUAAAGUGGAUUAUUGCACCGCUCUCUGCUUCCUACGACAUGUGUAAAUGUCCUGUGAUUUAUUUUCCUGCUGAUGGGAUCUCAAGUAUUUUGCACCCAGCCCCCUCUGAGAGUCUGCCAAUUGCAGAGAGGCCUUUACACAGAGGAAUCGACAAUUAAUAAUCUAAUGAGACUUGGAAUCGAGCGUAUAGACGGCUUCUUAGUAAUUCUAUAAUCCCGGAACACUCGGCGGUUUGUGGCUUUUGGACGGUGCGUUCCUGGAAUAAAUAUCCUUCCAAUGGAUCGGGUGAGAGGGUCGUCUGAUGUCAUCGUCGGAAUCUCGAGAAGAAAUGGAUUGUUUAGCUUUCCUGGAGUUUUUCACACAGCCACGCAGAGAGUAACGCAGAGAGUAACGCAGACAGACCUUACAAGGUGUGGACAGACGACUGUCAGACAGACUUCGCUAGACUUGCAAACAGUACAGAUUGUUUAACCCAUCAGGCGGUUACUGAUUUGCAAACUUCACAAAGUGUUAGGAAUCUCUGUUAGCGUGGCUUCUCAAAGACUUCUGAGGCCCGGGUGAGGGCUUAACAGGGUGGGCAAGGGAAGACAGUUGUCCCCAAAGCCACUGGUUUUGAGUGCUGUAGCUUCAUGGCACCAUUUUUGUGCUGAUUAGAGAAGUGAGAUGUAUGUUGGGAUAUCUGUUGGCAGAGUACUGUGGGGGUGAGGCAGCAUGCAGGAAUUGUUCCAGACCUUUACUAGCCCUGCACUGUCUUUACUAUCAAGCACUGUGUGGUUACUAGCAAGCACUGUGUGGUUACUAGCCAAGCACUGUUUGGUAACUAGCCCAGUACUGUGUGGCUACUAGCCCAGCACUGUGUGGUAACUAGCCCAGAACUCUGUGGUAACAAGCCCAGCAUUGUGUGGUUACUAGCCCAGCACUCUGUGGUAACAAGCCCAGCACCCUGUGGUUACUAGCCCAGCAUUGUAUGGGUUUGUGUUUUGGCUGUUGACUCUCCAUCUCAGAGCCUUCCAGGCCUAUACUGGCCCAUUGAGGUCAUUCCCAGGAAAUGGCAGAAUCUGGGGCUGGUCAGCUGCUGGACAAUGAUGAGUAUGUAGGGUGUCCCUGAGGUGUAUACAAGUGGCUGUGGAGAUGUGGUAGAGCUGAUUGUCCUUCAUGACAGCGGAUUAGUGAUCUGCCUCUGUGCUGCACAGGUCAUACUGAUGGGGAGAUAUAUAAUGUCACAAAGGACAUAAAACAAUGGAGAUGGGGCUCACCAAAUGGGUGGACAUAGCGCAUGACCCUAGUAGGACCGCGCACAUAGAGCAUGCCCCCAGUAGGACCAUGCACAUAGAGCAUGCCCCCAGUAGGACCGCGCACAUAAAUCAUGCCCCCAGUAGGACCGCGCACAUAGAGCAUGCCUCCAGGAGGACCACGCACAUAUGGCAUGCCCCCAGUAAAACCACGCACAUAUGUCAUGCCCCCAGUAAGACCGCGCACAUAUGGCAUGCCCCCAGUAAGACCGCGCACAUAUGGCAUGCUCCAGUAGGACCGCGCACAUAUAGCAUGCCCCCGUAGGGCCAAGCACAUAUAGCAUGCCCCCAGUAGGGCCAAGCACAUAUAGAGCUGUAAAUGUUGUGUACACAAAUACCAGACUGGCUCGCAGGCCAACUGAUACCAUUUCUCCCAUUGGAUGCCAACAUCCGGGUGAUGACCCACCAGUCAGGCCUGAUGCUUGGACUCUGCUCUCCCAGUUGGAUAGUUACAUAGCUGAAAAGAGACAUGCGUCCAUCAAGUUCAGCCUUCCUCACAUUUGGUUUUGCUGUUGAUCCAAAAGAGGGCAAAAAACCCAGUCUGAAGCGCAGUGUGAUAGGUGAUGGCCAGUCUCACUGUGCUUUGUUGUAGGUAGGAAAAGGCUCAUUUACCUCAGGGUUACCACUUUAAGGUGGCACUGUCUGUGCAUAUCCGGUCUCUUCCUCUAUUUCUGAUGCAGCACUGCGCUCACUGGCUAAGAGCUCUCAGCCGACGCUUUUCCAGUAAGUGUGACCCUGGAGAAAAAGACCGGGCACAGGGGAUGCAGCUGUGUGAGUCCUGGUGGGAGCCAGGUAACUUGUCAAACUAAAUUAAAAUAACUUGGCUACUUACUGUGGCGGAACAAACCUCGCCACUGGCCACUGGAGGAGCCUGGUCGCCCGCCUCCUGCCGCUGGACUAUGGCCUCAUGUUUAACACUUUUUCCCUGCAGAAAGGCUGGUUCGUGCCUUUCUGCGGACUGUUAAAGUCAUGAACACCGCUGAGCCGCCGACCUCCCUUCUCCUGCCUGCAGUCAAUUAUCCGAACACCGGUCCAUUCGGUACUUUACUGUUUAAACCAUGCUACCCCAGAUAGCUAUGCCAUGGAGCCCAGACGUAUACUGAAAGACUGUAUGAAAGACUUUGGCUCCAUGGCGAUUGAACUGUAUGUAUCUGAUAUGAGCGCCAUCCGGUAAUAAUGUGCGCUCAGAUCUAUGCUAUCUGGGGAUAGGUAGAAUGUGUAUGUUCUAUGUGAUAAAUGUAACAGCCAUGUGAUUAAUGGAGUUUUGUGAUUAAUGGAGUUUUGCCUCUGUCCUUGGAGAUAAUUGGAUUACUUCCCAAUUAUCUCCAGGACAGAGAGGAGGGAUUGUGAUGCAUUGUGGGAUUGUAAGCUUGUUAUUGGUCAAUGUCCAAUAUGUUUCCCAGUCUUCCAUCUGGUCCCUUAGGGGAGUGUCCACCAGGUGGGAGACCUGCAUAAAAGCCGGGCAGGUAGCCCCAGUAAAUCAGUUCUGCUUGACCCUCAAACGAAGUGUCGUCUUGUUCUUGGGGGGAAUUGGAUUGUAUGCUGUUACAGUACGACUGCCAGGAGUGUAAACUGUUUGUAUGGCUUUUCCUGUUCAGCUGUUUAGCAGCAUUCGUGUGUUUCCUUUUCGGGAGUUUGGAGCAUUCCCCUGGUUCCAGUUCGGGAGAUUGGUGAAUUCAUGCGUUUGCAGUUCGGGGGAAUGGUGAUUGCAGUAGCUGUCUGUGCAUCUGAAAAGGGGAAUAUCUCCUAAACGGUUUUUAACCUCUUCUGUGCAAAACGGUCCGUUACACUUACUGUGGGUGAUGCCAGAGGGCUCCAUGUACCAUAACCACAACAGAGGUACAUAGUAGUUCUGAUGCUUGGAGUGUUAUUAAGAAUACUAUGUGAUUGCUCCCAAUUGAGACUAUAGUAUUGUUGCAGUAGUCCAGGGAUAGGCAACCUUUGGCAAUCCAGAUAUUGUGGACUUCAACCCCUUUAAUGCUCGUACACCCAUAAAGCUGGCAAAGCAUCAUGGGAGGUGUAGUCCAAAACAUCUGGAGUGCCGAAGGUUGCUUAUGCCUGCAGUAGUCUUUACAAUGUCUGUCCGUUCCUCCUUUAAAAUAAGCCAUUUCUGACAGUUAUAAUGUUGCACAUUUGUAAAUAGAAUUGCAUAGCAUUAACAUCCCCAAUACAAAUAGUAAUUUAAUUUGUGUUUAAGCAGCUUUUUAUAGUUUUGUAAAUUUGAUAUAGUUUAACUUGAGCUUAAUAAUAAUAUCUCAUUUAACUCUUUAGUAAGAGGACAAUUCUAAAGCACACGUCCUUUUAUUUAAUUUUUAAAUUCAUCAGCGUUUUCUAAAUGCAACAUUUACUUUACGUACUUCAAACCUCAAUAGAGAGAUUUUCAUAAUUCUAGCCAAACGGAAUUGGAAUUCUAUGAAUUGUCAUUGGAAUCCUAAUUUGAAUGUUAACUCUUACUAAAUACCUAUAACAUCCUUGAUGUCAACAUGUUUGUGGCCCUCUUCGAGGUCGGCUGAGUCCAUGGGGUUCCAGUGUUUAGAUCUGGGCGGUGGUUAUAGUGUUUACUUUUUUUUUCCUUUUCACUAAUUGUAGUGAAUUUCAAAUUAGAUUGCAAAACAAUGACCAACUCUGCUAUAGAAACAGCUUGGCAAUUUUUCCUUAAAUGUUGGCAAUUCUCUUUCCAAUAAACUACAAUUCAUUGUACGGUGAAUUAACCCGUCAGUGACACUGAAUGGUUGGAAGUCUCAUGUAUCCCUUAAAGCGGCAGUUUUGUGACCCAGAUAUUCCAUGUGUAGAUCCCUAGACAGGUCGCGGGUAUGACUUUAUUUGCGUGGUGACCUUUGUCCGUGGCAGUUGUUGAGGGAAUAUCACUAAGCUGGUGUAAAUCUGUUUGCAGAUGCGAGCUGCAGACCAGGACUCUCUGGAGCCUCAAAGCUUGUGCAUUUGGCUGUCUGUGCUCUGGUCUGUCAGUCUCAGCUGUCCUCAGAGCCUGUCUGUACUUGUCAUUCGCUGUCAGUUCCUCAGCUGUUGUGUGUGUUUGUGCUUUGGGUACUCAGAGUGUUAGCAGGAGUAAAGGAAGGGAACAUAAUGUAUCUUUGAUUGGAGUCUGGGAUGUUCUGAGGUUCUCAUAGUCUGACAGGUGUUUCCAUGUUACACUGAUUGAUGUGACAGCUGAGCAUUUACACGCCAGGCAGUUUUUAUAGCGAUGGAUGUGACAAGGUCUGGACACAGAGGUGGGUCCUUUCUUUCUCAGGGAUGGACAUGUGCUUACAGAAACCAGGACUCUAAGGCUAAAUGAUGAAAAUAUCCAGCUUUUGUAUGUUCUCACGGAGGCCGGGACACCGUGCCAAAUGCUCACAUCGCAGCAAGAGUAAGAAGGACGGCUGAACAGUGUUACCAGAAGCAAACUGUCUUCAGUAAUUCACAUUAGAAAAUUCAUUUCUCUUUAUUUAAUGUCCUGUUGUGCGUUUCUGGAUUUAUCACACGAAGUAAAGAGAAAUGAAUGUUUUAUUGUGAAUUUUUUAGGUUUGCCUCCUUCUUAUAACACUGUCUAGUUCACUGGACAUUCCUCUUUCUCUCUCCAGAACCAUUCAUCCUCUGGAAUACGGUGACCUCUUCGGAAUCUAUAAUCAUAGUGAUUGCUGGUGAUUGAGUUAUAUAAGAGUUAGAAGCCAUUGCCACGGACACUAUCGCAAUAAGUGCACAAGGGGACAUUCCAUUGGUUUCUAUGUUACUCCAGCUUUAGAACUUUCUUCCCGUUUCCGCUCCGUGCUUGGUGACAUCAGCUGAGUCCUGCCUUGUAAUGCUGACCAAUUCUUAAAACAUCGGAGUCAUAAAUAGCCGACUAGAGAUUAUAUUUAGCAUUACUCAGCAAGUAGCAAUGUGCUCUCACCACUGUAUCCAUCUCUGUGCCCCCACAUACAUAAUGAAUAGACUGAGAACCUCAGGCCAGGCUUGCUUCCCAACAUUAGUUAAUUAAAGAGAGAAUAUUAUUAUAAAUGACUAUUUAGCAGCUCAGAUAGUUACAGCUCCGUGAACUCACAAUUAAACUCCGCAUGUUGAGUCUUGCCACUUCCAGUGAAGGGCUGCAGGGUUCCGCUGAUAUAACCAUAGGACUUUGAAACUAUAAACCUUCCUGCCAAUUUCUAAAUGUGUGAGUGAGGUGUGAUCAGGGGUAGGGCUGUAAGGUGACUUACUAAACUUAUAAAACUAAAAUUGAAUUUAGAAGUAGAACAAUGUAUCUUAUUUCUACAGACUGAUUUCUAAACACAUUUAUGUUAGUUUAAAUACAUUACUGUGAGUAUUAUUGCUGUGGGGCUCUGUUACACACUCAGACACAUUACUGGGAGUAUUAUUGCUGUGGAGCUCUGUUAUAAACUCAGACACAUUACAGGGAGUAUUAUUGCUGUGGAGCUCUGUUAUACACACAGACACAUUACUGGGAGUAUUAUUGCUGUGGAGCUCUGUUAUACACUCAGACACAUUACUGGGAGUAGUAUUGCUGUGGAGCUCUGUUAUACACUCAGACACAUUACUGGGAGUAGUAUUGCUGUGGAGCUCUGUUAUACACUCAGACACAUUGCUGGGAGUAUUAAUGCUGUGGAGCUCUGUUAUACACUCAGACACAUUACUGGGAGUAUUAUUGCUGUGGAGCUCUGUUAUACAUUCAGACACAUUACUGGGGGUAUUAUUACUGUGGAGCUCUGUUAUGCUCUCAGACACAUUACUGGGGGUAUUAUUACUGUGGAGCUCUGUUAUACACUCAGACACAUUACUGGGAGUAUUAUUACUGUGGAGCUCUGUUAUACACUCAGACACAUUACUGGGAGUAUUAUUGCUGCAGAGUUCUGUUAUACACUCAGACACAUUACUGAGAGUAUUAUUGCUGUGGAGCUCUGUUAUACACUCGGUCACAUUACUGGGAGUAUUAUUACUGUGGAGCUCUGUUAUACACUCAGACACAUUACUGGGAGUAUUAUUGCUGCAGAGCUUUUUAUACACUCAGACACAUUACUGGGAGUAUUAUUGCUGCAGAGCUCUGUUAUACAGUCAGACACAUUACUGAGAGUAUUAUUGCUGUGGAGCUCUGUUAUACACUCAGACACAUUACUGGGAGUAUUAUUACUGCGGAGCUCUGUUAUACACUCAGACACAUUACUGGGAGUAUUAUUACUGCGGAGCUCUGUUAUACACUCAGACACAUUACUGGGAGUAUUAUUGCUGUGGGGCUCUAUUAUAUACUCAGACACAUUACUGAGAGUAUUAUAGCUGUGGAGCCAUGUUAUACACUCAGACACACCAACAAUAUGGAGCUCCUAGAAUUGGUCAUUGGAAUAUAAAAGAGGGAUUAGGGUAAAAAAUAGGGAUUGUCCCUCCUAAAUAGGGAAAGUUGGGAGGUACGUAGGGAAGUUAGUGGGGGCUGAUUGAAGGAGAAUUUAGUGGGGCUUUGAGGAACUUGGCAAAACUUGCUAUCUGGAAGAUCUGCCCUAACUAAAGUUUCCUACAACUCUCAAAAGCCCAGAUACGUGACUAACCACAUGAACUUGGUAGCCAUGGCUGCCAAAGUGCUAUUGUGAUGCUGGACGUGUUCUUGUGUAUUUUACAUGGAACUCGAGACUUGUGGCUUAUAUCUGGUGCCUCUUACCGAAACUAUAUAUACUUGGUUCUAAACCCAGGAAAUGUGUCAAUCUCAACCUUAACUAAAUGAGCUUUCUGUUCCAAAUGAAGCUCUUAAGAAAUGUUCAUAUUGAGUGUAUGUACAUCAAUAACAAGGAUUUUCUUUCUUUCUGUUUAGAAAAACCAGUCUUUGGCUAACGGACCCUCAUCAGAAAGUCACAAGCCUGCUCCUCUGAGAGAAGGAAAUGUGUAUUAUCCUCAGCUUCGUCCGGGAUAUAUACCGAUACCUGUUAACCAUGAAGGACUGGAGAACAGGCAACAGGGCCCCUACUAUAUCAUUCAACAACCAGGAAUGCAAAGAGUGAAGAAUGAACCUGUUUCUGUUCAGAAGAGACCGCAGUCUCCUCUGUGGAGCUACAACCGUCCACAGUCUCCUGCCCGGACCCCGGGAGACUCUUCUCAAACUGACAGGCAUGGAGGACAAUCUGCUGGAUCUCCAACAUCAAGCGGAUCUCCGCAAGGACCAUCGGUAAUCUAUCUGCAUUCCAAAUGCAUGCCAUGCUUUAUAUUGGCAAAAAACACAAUGAUAGGUCGCGCUAUACAAAAAGUGAAAGGAUAAAUAUAAAUAUAAAUAAAUACAUAAAUAAUAGAAAAAUUAUAUAAAUAUAUAUAUAUACGUUUACUCACAUAUAAAAAAGGCAAACAGAGAAUAAAAGAUAAAAAUGUACAUAAGAGUCCCGAUAUAUGGUAAAAUAUUUGUAAGUUCCAAUGUAUGGUAAAAUUCUUGUAAGUUCCAAUAGAAUAAUGCAGGCUUGAUGAUGAAAUCAAUGGGAAGUUUAGAUCUUCUAUAGCUGGGGGAAUCUUGACUCAAUGUCGAACAUAUAAGUAGAAGAAAAAGAGAACUCCAAUAGUGUAAUUCUGUGAUGGAAUUGAUAAAAUAAGAAGUAAGGGAGGUAUUUCACUCACCUAUCCAAGAGCGUGUACUCGCUCUAGUGUAGUUGGCAUUCAGUGGCGUUGACCCCCCACUGUCGGGAUAUAGGUGUGAAUGAUUCCUCGAUAUGAAAAGAGAGGUAGAAACCAAAUAUAGUGCUCACUGUAUAAUAACAAGUAAGUCAGAGAAGUAAAAGGCGUACUUACAUUUAUCUGAGCAGGGUAUACUGCUCAGUUUAAUGGCGUAGGUGGUACAAUCCCCACUUAGGAUUCUUUGAACGAUGGUCUGCUCCAAAGUAACGUGUAACCAGGUUAAAAAAUAAAUAGAUAAAAAUGAAAUAAAAGGUAUAUGGCAAGUAAAUAGUAAAAAGGCCAAUAUUCCUUUAUUAAUACAGUAAAAAUAUAUAGCAAUAGCCAAAACGCGUUUCGCCACACAGGGCUUUAUCAAUUGGCAAUAAUGGGUGUUAACCUGGUACAUAGAAGUUUAUAUAAACUUAGGGGAUACAUGGUUAUUUGAAUUUUGGCGCCAAAAUGACGUCAUCAUUACAAUGAGAAUAUAAUAAAAAACAUAAAUAUAAUAAGAACAUGGAUAUAUGAUUAAAAGUACAACUCAAAACUUUAUAAAUUUUUCAAAAACGAGUGUUUAUGGUAGUACUGGAAGAUAGAAUAGAUUGUCAUGUGAUCGCGAGCUGCCGCGAUGCUUUAUAUUGUAUGUAUACAGAACGACACGUUGAAGUGGUCACUGUUCAAUGUGUAGGAGAUUUUGGCUAUUUUACCUGCACCUUGUGGAAAGUUGACCAAGAAUCCAAUAACAUAUAAAAAUGGUAUUAGGGCAUUCUAACAUCAAUCCGGGGAUGAACCAGUACAGGUUAACCAAGAACCCAAACAUUUUCUAAACCAGAAAAAGUAUGGUGCAAUCUUUAAUACAAUUUAUCCAUUUGCAGAAUCUCAGCCAAUUCCUUGUAUUUGUCAGAUAAAAAAUGUAGUUAUUCCUAUCAUCUAUCAAAUUUGGGAGGUAACAUGAUGUGCGUCCACAGCUAGGGUUAAUCACUAGACAAUGAACUGCUGGGAAUUCAUCAAAAACCUGCAAAUUUUAGGACAGAACUACCAGUCAUAAAUAUGUGAAUUGAAAUCAUUUGUAGCUGCAUUUGGCUGUCUGUGCUCCUGUCCGUCAGUCUCUACUUUCUGCCUGUAAGAUCUUUAAUUUGUUUACAUAAACGCAUAUCCUGAAUCAGUCCACUGGAUACGCUUCCUAAUAUUUUGGGAAUUGGCAUAUUAAGGCCACGCGUGUGCCUUAGUAUGUCAUAUGCAGCUGGAACACAUGUGCGGGACCAUACGCAUGCAUACUAAUUUUUGGCAUGACAUCAUUUAUAUCACGGAUGUGGGAAAACACUGGAUUGAGACCACUGAAUGGAUGUGCAUGCUGGCCUGUAACUUUCAGUCCCUCACUUUCUAAACUCACAAAGUCAUUUUUAUUCUGGCAAUGAAAAGAUAAUCGAAAUGUGUGAAUCUCAUUAUAGAUAAACGUGUAGGUUAUGGGAUCGAACACGGCUGUUUGCACAUAUGUAAAACACGUUCAAACGAGACUACAUGACACGUGUGGGUUAAUGAAUGAAUCUUGUUGGGUUGGGCUGGCUGUAAAGGACAAUAAACACACAAACAUUCUUUACAUCAUAAGUGGUAACAUUGCUGUAGAUGGAGAUUGACAUAAUUACUUAAACUCUUUAUUACAUUAAAACAGGUUAUUCCAAAGAACAAUGAACAGGUCCUUCCUGAAGGUGCAUGAGUUUAUUACUACGUGCCACACAUGUAACUCUUAUUGUAGUUUUAUAAUAUCCACUAAUAAUUCUUAUAUGGGCUGGGAGUUGGGUCCACUAAGUUUGACAGUCUUGUUCUUUUCUUUGCAGCCCCCUCCUUCAGUUACAGACUCACAGAAUAGUCUCGGUCAGUCCCCUGGCAGACAAAGUGUCCUUUCCCAGUCCCCUGGCAGACAGAGCAUGGGAAGCCACCAGCUGCCUCGUGGUUAUAUCUCAAUACCUGUGUUUCACGAGAGCAAUGUGCCACGACCACCUACCCAAGGCUAUCAAUACAUGCCAAAGCCACAUUAUCCACAGCCAAGUGGAGAUUACCAUUCACAUCAGCCGGUAUAUGGAAAAGUCCAGGAUGAGAGAGACUCCAGGUUACCAUCACCCCAUCCUCCAGCCAAAGUCGCAUCCAGUCGGGAAAGCUCCCCGGUGAGGGUUGUGAGCCAGUCACCAGCUCCUGUAAGGAUGAAGACUGUGGUAGAUAAACCUCAGGUAAUAGACCGCAUUGAUUGGCUAGCAGUAUGUGUCCUUCCAUAAUACCCUACUCCCUCAUUCACCAGUCCUUGUUUGUGUAUUAAGCUCUAAAAAUGAAGCAUUUUAUUGGUUUCCAUUGUAACUGCUCAGCAUUUAGAAUUUUUUUUCCCCUUAGAAUUGCUCUUUAUGCAGAACCCCACAGUUACACUUGCAAUAUUGUAACACACAUAUUCCACAUUCCCAUUGCUUUUUCUGACACAUGUCAUUAAUUUGUAGGUCCAGCAAAUCCACAUACAACGAGAAUCCCCACCAAGAUAUCAACAAGAGAAUAAGCCAAGCUCUCCCAUCCCCAGUGAGCCUCCCAGCUACACUCCUAUUCAGAUGACCUUUAAAGACAGUGACAUGAAACAUCUUCCACAAAAAGCAACACCUGAGAAUGUUGACGAGCAUAGUCCAAGUCCCAUUCCGAUUGUUCCUGUGGAGGAGACACCUGGGCAAAAGGAGCCAACCCCCCCGAAAGAACCGGAAGUUUUAGAGCCCCAAGAGAAACACCCAGGAGUUCUACAAGUAGAACAAAUAUUGCAGAGGGUGGAGACACUGCAGAAAGCGGUUUUAGACUUUCAAGGCAGAAGAAAUGAAAAACCGUAUCUAAUACUAGAAGAAGACCUCACUAAAGUGCUCCUGGCGUUGGAUUCAGUAGAUCCAGAUGGCCGUGCUGAUGUCCGUCAGGCAAGAAAGGAUGGUGUCAGGAAAGUUCAGAACAUUUUGGAGACACUGGAACAGAAAGCAUCUGGUGACACAGAAUGUUCCCAAGCCAUGGACUCAGCAGGAACUUCCCAUGAUUCCAUGGAGGUUGACAGAACAUUGGACAGAAGCAAUGCAAUCCCUAGCUCACUCUGUGUCUCAGAUCAGCACACCUCAGAAAGUUAUCAGAAGGAAGGCUCAGAUUCAGGUCCUUCAUGUUUAUCUACUCAUUCUGAAAGUCACUAGCUGUCACCUGGGAGAAAAAUAAUAAUCUCUGAACUUUUAAAAUGUGGGUUGGGUUUGAGGUUUACAGAAAUCUGCAUGCAUUUUGGUUAAACAACUACUGGUUUUCACCCCACCAAACAGCACGGACACAAGGAACCUCUAGACGUCUUCUCUGAAUGGAAAAGAUAAUGCUUAAUAAGCCGCCUCUCUUCAUUGAUCUUAUGAAUUGUUAUACUGUAUGGUUCCCAUCAAUUCUCUAUACGUUAAAUUUCAAACUAAGGAAUUUGUAACUGCUAGAUCACAUCCCAAACCACCCAAAGUCCAUAAUCCUUUCACAAAAUAUAUUAUUGUAACUACAUUGGUCACUACUUCACAAUAUAUGCUGCUGUUAGGACACUUUCUUAAGUGAUAAAUUGAGACUUUUGCAGAGAAAUUUAAUAUAUGGUUUUUCCAUUUUAGAAUUUUGUCAAAUAUUGCUCUUCAAACAUGAUGUUCCCUGACAUCCUGUGUUUCCCUCCAGCGAAAGUUCCCAGUAACCAGAAUACACUGUAUAUUUUUUUGCUAACGCAUUUCACAAGGCUUAAACAUUAUCCUUUCUGCACUGUAAACCACACCACAUUUUAAGGCACAAGUACAUGUUUAAUUUAUUGUUGAACCCUUUAAAGCAGCUGCCAGGGAAAUGCUUAGGGUAGAUAUAGACAACAUUCAACCGUCCAACAGCCAGAUUUAUAGGAGUCAUAGCACACAAUAGCUAAGAGGCCAAAGGCGGUUUGAUUCGUGGUCCCAGUAAUUCGGUUUUACUGGGAAUGUGCCACAUUUUCCCUGGAAGCUCCUGGUUUGGCACAAGAUUGCCGACCCUGUGUAGCAGUGCUGGUGUCUCAGGGCAGCCCACUCCAGUUUGUCCUGCUCUAGAUAGUCUAUAUAAAUACCAUUUGGAGUCCCCCCUUCCCCACAGAACCCCUAUGCACACUACCUUACACGGUUAUAAAAUCAUUUAGGUUGCAAAACACCACCCAGUCCAUCAGAUUCAACAAAUCUCACACCUUCGUGCCGGAAGUAUGUUUUAUAAAUCCUCCACAGUUUAAAGACACAGGGCAUGUGCUUGUAUUGGAGCUAGGGCUGUGUGGACAUUGAGUACACAUUUAGUCACAGUUUGAUGAAUCAUUAACAUUUUGGCUCCUUUUACGGCUUGCGAUGCGCAGUAAAUGACGUGAAAGGUAAUACUUGGACUUAGCUGGUGAGCCAUCAGUGGGCCACGAGUGAAACAAUGAAAAUGAUCUGGUUCAUGAGGAAGACACUAUCACUGGCUGAAUGUAUCCAGUCCCCCCAUCACCGCUGCUUUUAUUGUACGUCCGUCUCUCAGCGUUGGCAGACUAAUAAAGCUAUUUCUGAGGUUCCGUGUAUUCUGCUUACACCAACGGGCACCUUAAUUAAUCCUGAAACGUGUGAUGAAAUAUAUAUAUAUUUAUAUGUGUGAAUGAAAUAUUAACAGAUUAUUUUAAAAUAAAAUUGAUCUAGAAUCAGAAGAUCUACCUGAUUCUUUGUCACUCCCAUGCUGUUGUUUUUUGUUUUUUAAUUUAUUUAUUAAAUGAGCUUCUGAGUAAAGAUGUUUGCAGCUAGUUAGAUGUAAGAACAAAGGCCAGACUGUUGUGAAACCCGGGGAGGAGUGAAAAAGUAGAGGAACCGGUUUGUUCUAUGGAGAUAAUCAUAUAAUCAAGGUGCUUGCAAACCUGAUUUGAUUGGAAAACUG